CUCUCUCUCUCUCUCUCUCUCUGGUAUCCGUCAGUUUCUUCGUGACAAACCCUACUCGCCAUGGGCGAUUUUGGUCGGAUUUCAGUCCAUAACGCUCUCGGAGGUGGCCCAGUUGCUGAUAUAUUGCUAUGGAGGAAUUAUUACGGAGGAGGAGCGGUAUUAAUCGGUUCCACCAUCCUGUGGUUCCUAUUUGAAAAAGGAGGAUAUAACAUCAUCGCAUUCAUCGCCAAUAAUCUACUGCUUUUGGUUGUUAUACUCUUUCUCUGGGCUAAAUCUGCAUCCCUUCUCAAUAGACCUCUCCCUCCAAUUCCUGAACUGGACAUUUCAGAGGAAACUGUUCUUAUUGCUGCUGAUGAGAUGCAAGUGUGGGUAAAUCAUGUCUUUUCACUCGCACAUGCAAUUGCAGUUGAUGGAAACUUAAAAGCUUUGAUGCUGGUUGUGUCUAGCUUAUGGCUGAUUUCUUAUAUUGGUAGCUUUUUUAACUUCCUUACAUUGAUCUAUAUAGGGGUACUUGUUAGUUUAUCAGUACCUUUCUUAUAUGAUAUGUUCCAGUCCCAAGUGGAUGGAAAGUUAAUUGUAGUACACAAGAUUUUGCAUCCAGUCUUGAGGAAAGCUGAUAUUGUCUUUAAAAUGAUACCUUCAGUACAAUAUAAGCAAAAGAAGAAUCAGUAGCUAAUAAGUACAUGUUAACAAGGUUUUUGCUAUGGCAUGUUGAGAUCAUGGUAGUUUUUGAGGGUGUGAAAGUUUGGUGAAUGCAAAGAGAGAUAAUCAUGGUUUUUUUCUUGGGUGUUAUGGAAGCCAUUUAUUUACCUUCAAGCUUCUUGGAUAGUUUUCUUUAUAUAUAUAAUUUUGUUUUGGUUGAUUCUUCUAUUCGUGAUUUAUCAAACAUAAACACUAUAUUUUUCAAGAUUAUGCUUGCUUAAUUGUUUGUUCAUAAUUAUAAGUUUUAACGA